GAGAAAAGAUGCUGCUAAGAAAAAAGAAGAAGAAAAGAAAAAGGAAUCUGAUAAAACUAAGGAAGACAAAGAUAAAAAGAAAGAAGAAGAAAAGAAAAAGGAAGCCGAAAAAACUAAAGAAGAAGCGAAAGCUAAGACACAAUCACAAUCUAUUGUUCCAGAAGCAUCUAAAACAAGUGUUGCUUCUUCGAUUUCUCAAACAUCCAUUCCCCAGCCUUCAAUUGCUUCAGUGUCUCAAUCUGUAGUCGAUUCGGCCGCGUUAGAAUCAAAAAGUGCUUCAGCCUCUGUGCCUCUAUCUUCUAAUAUAAGUGCCUCCGCGAGCGUACCGCUUGUAUCAUAUGUUUCAGGAGCAAGUAUUUUAUCAAAUGUUUCAACAAGUACUCCUCUUGUUUCUUUUGUCUCUAGUGCUAGUCUUUUAUCAAAUGUACAACAAAGUUCUGAAAUCAAUUCUACUGUUUCUGCUUCAUUACCUGACGAAACUAGUAAAAAAGAAGAAGUAAUAAGUUCUGUGGUAAAUAUUGAUUCAUCAGUUGUAAAUGAUGUUUUACAAAAUUGUCAAGAAUGUCAAAAAGUCGAUAAAGUACUUUGUACUAAAAAUGAGAAAGGCGAAUACACCGAUUACAGUGGAAAAAUUACAAUGAAAGAAGAAAAUGGAGUCAUUAAAGAUUCCUCGGGUAUGUUUGUUGGACAAGAUUGCGGAUGUAAAAAAGAAGAAAUUCCUGAGAAAGGCAAGCUUACAGAAACUGGUGUAUAUCAAGAUAAGAGUGUUGAUGAAACAGCUGCUAAAAAUCAGGCUGAAACACUUAAAAAAGUGUCUGAACAAGCUGGUGCAAGUGACGGAGCAAUGCAAACAGAAAAAGGCGAAACAUCAGUAGCAGCUAAUGGAGCAACAGGAGCUGAAGGUACAAGUCAAGAAAGUGCGCAGAAUGAUACAAAUGCAGGAGAAGAAUCAAAGAGCACAGGUGAGGCGGCAGCAUCUAAAAGUUCGGUUGAACAAACAAGUACCGAGGGUAUAAGUGAAGCAACGGAAUCAAAAAGCAUAAGUGAAGGAAGCGACAAUAAAAUAACUGAAGGUAACGGCUCAAAAACAACAGAGGGGGCCAUAAAUAAGCCAGCAGCAGAUAACAUGACGAAUCCAUUAGAGAAAGGAAAAGUUGAAUCCCAAACAAACGGUGAAUCUGAAAAUCUAUUAGAAACUGAUAACAAGCCUACAGAACAUAAAAUGUUAGAAAAACCAAAUGUACAAGAAAAAGAUAUGGCACAACAACCUGUACAAGAUAAAAAAGAUAAUAUUAAAUUACCGAGCGAUGCUUCUGCACCUUCAAGUCCAACAGUUUCUAUUCCUGAAUCUUGCGACGAUGCUCCCGUUUCCGCGCUAAGAAUUAAAAUCAAAAAUGCGUGCCGUUCUAAAAUUCAAAAGCAUCCUUCUGGUAUAAUUACUAAGACUGUAACUGCUAAAGCCAAUACGGUGACAGAAACAGUUACUUUGACGAUUUAUUCUACGAUAACCGAGACAUUACAACUACCUUCGGAUACUGUAACACUUCCUCCUGAUAUUCGUACUACUACUAUACAACUUCCUGGAGAUGUUAUAGUUAAAACACAAGAUCCAGAGACAGUAACGGUUACUGAAUAUAAAACUGUAACAGUAAAUGAAAUUAAAAAGCAAGAAAAGGUAGACAAAGAAAUAACUGUUUCUACAACUGUUGUAUUAGAGGAUGAUGAUAUAGGAGAUGAAGUAGAAUGUGAACAGGAAUGUUCUUGUGACGAAGAAGUGUGUGAGAAUCCUUGUGAAAGAAUCAAAUGUGUAAUUGUAGAAGCAUAG